UGGAGCUGUGACAACGGUGGAGGACGACGAUGGAGAUACGGACCUGCUUUAGUGGACGAAGGGAGGGGAAGCCGGAGCUGCUGCCGUCGACGAAGGGAGGGGAAGUCGGAGCUGCUUUCAUCGAUGAAGGGAGGAGACGUCGGAGCUGCUGCCGUCGACGAAGGGAGGGGAAGCCGGAGCUGCUUUCGUCGACCAAGGGAGGGGAAGCCGGAGCUACGGCGAACCACGUCGAAGAUGGCUGAUGGGAGUCGUCGACGUCGAAGGCUUUUUAAGGCAUAGAAAAGUAAAACACGGGAUGGAAUAACAGGAGGGUAAAGUAAGUUAUUUUAUGUAAGUGUUCCUUUAAGUCCGAGAAGGAUUUGUUUAUUUUGAAUUUUUAUAGAAUUAUUCAACCUCCUUUCUAACCGGUCAACCAUCCUAACAAUAGAGUCAAGUCAAAUCUAAAAUAAAUUAAGUCAUGUAACACAUUGAUAAAAAUUUUAUUGAUGAACAUAAUUUACAAAUAUGAUGCAUGAACGUUUUCUAGUAUUAUUAUUAUUAUUAUUAUUUAUUAUUUAUGGACAUUAUUUAUCAAUAAUGCUCAUGAAUAUUAUUUAAAUUUAUUAUUUAGUUUAGUAAGUUAUUUAAAUUUACCUAUUUAAUUGCUGUUACAAGUAUUAAAUGAAUAAUAAUAAAUUUUUAGUUGUCACGUACUUUCGCACUUCCAAGGUGCUUUUUCCAUUUGACUUCCAAUGGUAACGUCAAUCACACCAGGGAAGCAGCAAACAAACAUACCGAAACCGUCAUGGUUGGCAUUUCCUUGUUUCCUUUUUUGAAAAUUCUUCCUGAUCUUAAUUUUCUCUGUAUAUAAUCUAAUUAUAGAUUUAGUUCCAUGCAAAAUCUAGAGCUCGCCGGAAGCAGUGGAGGUUGGGUGGAGUUGAGAUCGAGAGAGAUAAAAAAAAUGGCGGCGGCGGCGGCGGCUAGUGUGUUGGUGUUCCCCUUCCCGGUUCAAGGCCACCUCAAUCCUAUGCUCCUGUUCGCGAAGCGCCUAGCCGCCAAGUGGCCCGCGACCACUUUCCUCGCCACCCGCUUCAUCGUCCAGUCCAUCGCCACCCAGGCUGGGCCCGUGGCGGUGGCCGCCAUCUCUGACGGAUACGACGCCGGGGGCUUCGCCUCGUCCCCGAGCCUCGAGGUCUACCUCGAGGUCUUCGAAGCUCACGGCGCGCGCGCGCUGUCGGAGCUCAUGGAGGCGCGCGCCGCCGAGGGGCGCCCCUUCACCGCCGUGGUGUACGACACGUUCGUGCCUUGGGCGGCGGGGGUGGCGCGGCGGCACGGGGCGGCGGCGGUGGGCUUCUCGACGCAGUCGGCCAGCGUGAGCGCGAUAUACUACUACGUGAGAAGGGGGGAGCUGGCGGCGCCGGUGGAGGAGGGAGGGCGGGUGGCGCCGCCGGGGAUGCCGGAGAUGGAGAGGCGGGAGUUCCCGACGAUGGCGUUGGGGGACGGCGCGUACGCGACGCUGGCGGCGUACGCGCUGGAACAGUUCGACGGAGCCGGGAAAGACGACUGGGUGCUCUUCAAUUCCUUCGACGAGUUAGAAGGCCCGGUGAUCGAAUGUCUGAAUGCCCAUCACUUUCACGCCGUCAACGUGGGCCCCUGCGUGCCGAUCUCCGCCGCCGACGGAGCCUCCUACGGCGUGAACCUCCUCCCGGCGGAGGACGACGUUUGCAUGCGGUGGCUGGCCGGGCUGCCCCCUCACUCCGCCAUCUACGUCUCCUUCGGAAGCUUCGCCUCCCUGAGCCCGGCCCAGAUGACGGAGCUGGCCCUCGGCCUCACCGCCUGCGGCCGCCCCUUCCUCUGGGUCGUCCGCGACGCCGAGCGCCGGACGCUGCCGCCGGGCUUCUCCCCGGCCCUCGGCCUCAUCGUGCGCUGGAGCCCGCAGCUGGCGGUGCUGGCCCACCCGGCCGUCGGCUGCUUCGUCACCCACUGCGGUUGGAACUCCACGCUGGAGUCCAUCUGCUUAGGCGUCCCCAUGAUCGGCCUGCCCCAGUGGUCCGACCAGCCCACCAACGCCAAGUGCGUGGAGACCGAAUGGAAGGUGGGCGUGCGGGCGCGCCCGGGGGACGGCGGCCUCGUCACCCAGGCGGAGCUGGAGCGCUGCGUUCGGGCGGUGAUGGACGGCGACGAGGGGGAAGAAAUUCGCCGGAGCGCGCGGCGGUGGAGCGAUCUGGCUCGAUCCGCCAUCCAGGAGCGAGGCAGCACCGACAGGAACUUGGACGCGUUCGUGGAGUUCGUCAAUUCCAAGACCAACGCCGCCGACUCUCAUCAAUAACUGAACGGCGUCAGCAUGGACGAUCCAGCACGACGAAGCCUGCUGACGUAACGUGACGUGACGUCAAGGGACAAUUUCUGCAUGAAUGAAUCGAUACUAUCGCUGUUUAAUUCGACUGCAUUUCUGUUAAUUUAAUUUCUUCCUUUCUCCAAAAUUUCAGCAAUUUG